UGUUAGGGGUGCCAACCAAAAAACUCUCAUAUUAGCCAAGCCCAGUAAUUGGCGGGUCUUUUCUUCCGAUUUGACAUUUGAAUUGACCAACGGGCAAUGAGCAGAGUCCACGAUGGGAACCUUGUUGCCGGAGAUGGAUCCCGCCGAGAUUUACACCGCAUCAGACACCAUGGAUUCCUCCGCAAUAUUUCACACAAUCAACGACGUCGUAGGGUUCGUUCUUUACAUGCACCAGCAAAUUCCCUCCACUGUUCAGGAUAUGGGCGUUGAGUUCGAUUCAAUGCAUUCCGAGUAUAAACAACUGGAGAUGGAUAUGGGAAAUGAAGUGAAGGCAUCGUUUAGGAGAAAGCAUGUGGGUAGAAUGAGGGAAAUCAAAGUAGGAAUAAAGAGAUUGGAUAAGUUGAUGAGUUCUCUUUCGAAUUUACAAAUUGCACUUAAAGUGAUUAUCAAUGAGUGUCAUUCCAUAGAUGGGGUCAUUUUGGCUCUUGGAGGUAGCUCCCUUAGGCCUCAGAAUGUUUAUGUGUUGGAAUUUCCACGUCGAGUUGAUGUUUCCAAUGCGGAUGAUUUUGCUAGGAGCAAAGCUGCAGAGGCUCUUUGCAGAAAGGCAAUUCGGACAUUGAUAUCAAAGGAUGCUGGGUCUGUUACUUAUCCUGGUCCAAACAAAUUGUUUGUAUUGAUUAAAGCCCCUUCUUCUUUCAACCAGCCGCUGCAUUUUCUGCCCAAACGUGAUUUUAAGUACAACAGAAAGAUUGUGCCUCUCAGGCUGCUGUUUAAAUGCCGAAACCAGGAUCAAGAAGUGGCUACUUCUACUUCAGAAGAUUUGAUCUGGUUUCAAUGCCGGCAUGUAAUAAAAGGCCUUGCAAUGAAUGCAAUGCCAGAAGAAUGAAAUCCUCCAUUCCAAUAUAGAAUAGGAAAAUCAUGUUGUAAAUACUAUGACUUGCGCUUUAUUUGAAAUUAAUGUCCCUCAUUUCAUUUUAGUUAUGAUGUAAGGUAGUUAAGCUUAAAUACCUUUGUUGUUGCAACAUUUUAGACCAAGAUCACCUUCUACCAUAAAUGUGAGAAGGUGAGAAACAUAGGUGUUAGGCCAAUGGCAAUGGCCGUGGUUGGAGAGAAAAGAUCCUUUAACUUUGUUGGUAAA